AUGUUUCGAUUGAGUACAAAGUUAACAAGUAAUAAAACUUUAUUCUCAAAAACAGUCAAAUCAGUAACAACACUUAAUAACAUUACCUACAAUACAACUAUCAACAACACAUCAAGAGCAUUCUCUUCAAAGUUAUUCAGUAGUAUUACUCAGAGUUCAUCAACAAGCAAAAAGCUAUUUGGACUUAUUUCAUCAACUACCUUACUCUUACAAGUCAGCAAUCAAAAUAAAGAUACAUUAUCAUUAACAGAGCAAUCACAACAACAAAGAAAAAUGUCUUCAUACUCACCAUCAAAGAUUGAAAAUGUCGUAAUCAUUGGUUCCGGUCCUGCCGGUCACACUGCCGCCGUCUACACUGGAAGAAUAAAUAUUGACUUAAUCACCAUCCUCUCUUAUCGUCGUCGUCGUCGUCGUCGUCGUCGUCGUCAUUAUUAUAGAGCUCGUUUGGAUCCAUUGAUGUUUGAAGGUUUCAUGGCUGGUGGAGUUGCCGCCGGUGGUCAAUUAACUACUACUACAGAGAUUGAGAAUUUCCCAGGUUUCCCAGGUGAAAUCUCAGGUCCAGAGUUGAUGGAUAGAAUGCGUGAGCAAUCGAUCAAGUGCGGUGCCAGAAUCGAAACAAAGAAUAUUGUAAAGCUCGAUUUGAGCGAACGUCCAUUCAAGAUUUACAUUGAAGACGAACCAGAACCAAUCCAAUCGAAAUCAAUCAUCUUGGCCACCGGUGCCACCGCCAAGAAGAUGGGUGUACCAGGUGAAGAGACCUACUGGAGCAAGGGUAUCUCUGCAUGUGCCGUUUGUGACGGUGCCCUGCCAAUCUAUCGUAACAAGCACUUGGCUGUCGUUGGUGGAGGUGAUACCGCCUGUGAAGAAGCUACCUUCCUCACUCAUUUCGCUAGCAAGGUCACAAUGUUGGUUAGAAGAGACGAGAUGCGUGCAUCGAAAGCCAUGCAACAACGUGUCUUGACCAACCCAAAGAUCGAGAUCAUUUGGAAUCACACUUUGCUCUCUGCCCAAGGUGGUGACAAGCUCACCGAUUUGACCAUCCAGAACGUCCUCACCAAGGAGGAGAAAAAGUUGGAAGUCGGUGGUUUGUUCUACGCCAUCGGACACGUUCCAAACACUGCUUUCUUGAACGGUCAAAUCGAAACCGACGAAACCGGUUACAUUAUCACCAAGGGACACUCCACCGAGACCAACGUAAAAGGUGUGUUUGCCUGUGGUGACGUACAAGAUAAAAUCUACAGACAAGCCAUCACUGCUGCCGGUACUGGUUGUAUGAGUGCUUUGGAGGCUGAAAGAUUCUUGUCCCACUAA